UCCUUAAGAGCUCAACUUCAUCUCUCUCUUCCAUAGUCCCCAUAUACACACAUACAUCUUCUCGGCUUCCUCCCUUUUUUAUUUUUAUUUUUUUUAAAAAAAAAAAAAAAACAAACCAAACAAUGGUGAUCGCAGAGUCAGUGAAGCCAAGCCACUCUUCCUUCGAAGGAGAAAAACAACAACACAAACACUUCGACCGAGAAGUCAGAGAAAUGGUGUCGGCCAUCACUCACCGGCUCACCGAUCUCCAAAAAUCAGGAUCGACCCACCAGGAGAUUGAAGACGAACACGGCGUCAGACUCAUCACCCUCGCCGGAACAAACUCCGGCGCCAGUCUGCGUACCGAGCUGGACGAGAAAACUGGCAUUCAUAUCAGUGAGGCUGAUCCGCUGGCCGAAUCUGAUGCAUUGAGUACGUUCGUGAAUAGCAACUUUCAGGCCGUGAAUAACUCCAUCUUGAUGGGUGGGAGUUACUCAACCAAUGAUCCCGGUGUUCAUGUCGAUAUCUCUGAUUUCGCUGAACACCAAGGCCAUAAGCCGGAGAAAAAAGGAAAGAAGGGAAAGAAGAAAGACAAGAAGGAAGGACACAAAGGUGAUCGCAAGGAAGGACACAAAGGUGACCGAUCUGAGCAUUCUGACUAAUAUACUUUUGGAGGAUAUAACGAGGGCCAUAAAUGGAGGUUCAUGAAACUACAAUAUUUUAUAUAUUAUGUGUUAAUUAUAUAUAUAGUCUGUCUUUCUUUGAUACAGAGUUUAGACUCCAAUAUCACGUAUCAAGUUGCUUGGCAUGAUGUUGGAGCUCGUACCAAAUUCCGUCAAAAUAUACUGAUGAGAGAUAGGUUACAAAUCUAUAAUAUUAUACAUAAACGUAUUAAUAAGCCUUCUUAAUCGUGGCCAUAUAGAUACGGUUUUCAAGAUUGAGUUGGAAAGUUUUAUUAAACGGUACUAUAUAUAUAUAUAUAUAUAUAUGAGUGAUCGGCUAUAAUAAUAAAUUUCCCUAAUGUAAAAUUUAUAAUAUGGUUAUAUGUGGUUGGUACUGUAUUGAGUUUAAGCAGUGCAAUAAUAUUUGUUGUUCUUGUUUUUA